UCUUCGGUGAAAAACAGGCUGUCGAGAACAUACACGAACAAGGAUUGUUCAUACUGGAAGGAGGAUCGAUCUGUACCGAGGUCAGAAAUAUAACGGAUUUCAUUGAUCGGUCACCGUUGGUUUCAUAUCACGAAAAUCACAAAGAAUAUAUUUUCAAUAAGCACGCAAUUCCCCUUAUCAACUAAACUAAAGAUGAACGCAAACGCAAUCACAGUGUUCAACAUUUGCGACUUUAGUCGUUUGCACCGCAUUGCAAUACCUACAUAUGGGACCAUUUCCAGUCUAAUCCAACAAGGUAACUGCUUGAAAAUAAAUAUGCGCAAAAACAUAAUCUUACCUCGAUCUAUUUCAAUUUCAGGAUCAAUCGUCUUGGAAAAAAACAUCGCCAGCAUUGUAACUGAGGUAGAUGGAUGUCGUAUUACAUCUGACUUGGUUCUCAAUGUUUACAAAGAUAAACUUUUCAUGUUGCUUGAAGCGCAUGAGCUGUGGACUCCUGUUGUGAAAAUUCAUCCUCUCGUAGAAAACGCAGCUCAACCUACAGAAUCAAUGAUAGACACCGCCGCUAUAACUCAGCUGCAAUCGCAGAGAUCUACCGACAACACAAUUACAAAUGAAGACAUCAGUACUACGAUAUUCCUACAGCAGAUGAACGCUCCUUCAGGAAGUGUCUCUAUUAUUCCAAGCUCCAGUAAAACACCAUUCACAUCAGAGGCCAUACUGAAUCCAGGGAUCGACACUCAACAUAAUGCAAAUCAAUCGGUAAACGAAGUUCUAGUUCUUGAGGAACAAGUCGACGAGACUGUUGGCUACGAUGAAAAUUGCAAUCCAAAUAAUCCGGAGAAAAGGCCUCUGCAAGAUGUUACACUCAUAAUGAGUUCUAAGAAACACGCUUCAUGUGAACUGAAGUUUCAAACCUUUGAAGUAAACUGGCAGAAGAUAAGUGAUAAUGUCAUGAAUCGCCUGCAAAAUUUGCAAAAAUUUCGGGACGAGAAUCCAAGUCAGUGUGUCCCAAAACUUAUCCAACUGACAAAGGCUGAUUUGAGUGGGCUUACGAAUUCAGUGGUCGAUCAACUACGGAUGAUUGACACCCAAAUCCGAGCCGACAUCAUAGGAACUGUUUCGAAGCAAAUUCUCAAUGCGUUCCCGUGUUUAAGCUUUGUGGACGAUGAUGGCUAUGGAUCAGGAACCGGACAUGUGUGGCUGAAACAUAAGAUGAUUAAUCGGAACUCGUACCUUAAUCGAUUCAAGGAACAGUAUGUGGCAAAAUCAGAUAUCAUAGAACUACGACGAAACCGGAAUGUGAGAGCAGGAACCAAAAAACAGUAUUGGGAAAACACGACCAAUGAAUGCUGCAAAGAAGUUUUUUCGAAGCUCACACGUGAUGAACCAGCGCUACUAACACAUGAGUUCCUACAAGCCUCACAAUCUUACGUUCGAUAUCGGUACGAUGAGAACAUUCCUUUGAAAGACAUCUUAGAAAAACUCCCCGUUCUCAGACGGAGGAUACUGCUGUACUACCAUUUUGAGUGUGCGACAGGAGUAUCGGCGGAUUCAUUGGAGAAGUACUACACGGCUAAGCGAUCAAAAAUAAUUGAUUUCUCGAAGACAAAUCGUAAGAUCAGUCAUCUGGACACAGCGGCUCCAGACUACAAUAUUUUUGAAUAUUUGUGCAGACUAUUGGGAGAAAACAUUGAAGACAUCAUCAUUCUCAAAGAGGUUGGAACAAAGAUGGUCGACAUAACUCUCGAUUGUUCCGGUCCUGUUAUUGUUGCCAUAGAUUGCGGAAAUGGGGAGCGAAUGCAUUACGUUUUCGCGGAUCAAACGCGACUGAGCGAAGGAACAAAGAAUGUUGUCGCUGCAGUAGCUGAUUUGUUGUGCAUUCAUUAUGUGCAUAACUUCAUGUACAUGAAGCAAAUCUCAAAGUUUUUGGAAUUAGUCCAGGAAUUUUUCAAGAUUUUGCCGGCCACUGGAUCGAAGUCAAACGCGACUCGCAAAGGACAACAACAAAGAACGGUGAAGCGAGCCUUCAGCAAGGGUCUCGAACUCGAUACGCUGAAGACAACCAAAAACGGAAAGGAAAACGAAGAGAUCCGCAAAACAGGCCACGAAGGUAGCUGUGGCAAAGGAAGAAGAUCGAUUCCCCCGAAAAAAGCAAUUCAAAUAUCUCGCCUUGCCCACCCCCACGCAACUAAAGGGCAAUCGAACGAGAGCAAACUCAAUGAAGAGUUCAAAAGUCACAUCAGGUGCGGAACGGAUCCAGCCACUAUUUGCAGUGAAGAACCCCAUCUGAGCCGAUAUGGUUCCGCUUGCUUCCAACUACUCACAUCUAUCCAGUGGAGUAGUGCGCUCUUCAUAGUGUAA